GGCUUUGCUGGCGAUUUUGUCGACAGACGCAUUUUUAUUGACAAGCUGUAAACACAGCGUAUUUCCUUGAAUUUUUAUUGAUUAUUGCAGGUUUAUAGCAUUUUAAUGUGAAAAGUGUGUUAAUUAGUUCAGUGAAAUGGUUUCUAGCGAGGAAGAACCGGAGGUGAAACCGAAUGACCCGCUAACAUGGGACGUCGAUAUGGAAAUUCAGUUGUUUUAUGCCAUGGCUAACCACAAGCCGGUCGGCAUAAACAAACAUUUUCACAUGGCAUGUAUUUGGGAAAAGCUCUCAAAUUCCAUAACUAAAGAGAUAUCAACGCAAGAUAUUUGGAAGCAUUUAGAAAGUCUGUAUGAUUUAAAUUUAUUGGAAGAUACUGAGCCAAUACCAUUUCCGAAUCAUGAAAUACCGUUUAGUUUACCAGAGACCGAAUUUGGAUCACUAAUGAAACAGAAAUGUAAGGAGGCUAUAUUAGCGGACGAUAGUGAAGAUGGGAGGAGCCCUUCACCUAAGCCUUCGACACCUAGAAGCAGUUCUAGGGGCACUGCGUCUAAAGAUAGUACACCCAAAGGCAGCCGUAAGGACAGUGUGAGCGCAUUGGCCACUAAAACCCGCAAAGAGAGUGGCAGUUCCCAUGCCUCGACUGAUACACCCAGCAUCAAGUCGGAAAAAGAUUAUGAUCGCAGGAGAGAUUCUCGUGACUCAAACGCGUCAGGCCCGCGGGACAGUUCGAGCAGUAGAAAGUCAACAUCGCAAAGAGAAAAAGUUCCAAAGACCAAAGUUAGCUCAGUGGCAGCAUGGGACUCUCCACUAAUAGACGAAGAUGUCGGAUCGCGACGUGGACGCAGAAGGGCUAACACCUCAACUCCUCCUGCAACGACACCAGCCAAGCGCAGGCGCACCUGACAAACACAUCCAAAUACAUACCGCCAUUUCUUCUGACAUACACACCCACGCACCUGGUGGGAACAUAGACCCCAUACAGGGCGAGCAAGACGACCCCAUGCCGUUGAUGUAUUCUUCUCCUAAAUGGUGGUUUAAAUAAAUGGUCAUAAAUGUGUAACGGACAUUUACAAUUUUGCAUUUGAACUUUGAACUGUGAACUUUUUGGUGAUUCUAAUGACGGAUGCUGAUUUUAGAUUACUGUUUGUGUAAUCUCUGAUAGAUUUAAGACAAAUAAACAUUUCUACUGAAUAGAA